AUGGGAUGUGAAAACAACACUGUUGAUCUUCAAGAGGUAGAAGAUGCAAGCAGGUUAAAAAGAAAUAGCAUCAACACUAGGGAUUCACACCCACAGCGCCCAAAGGUUGAAGGAUGGAAGACGUUCGCUCAGGAUACAACUCUACACGGGGCCAGAUUUUUUUCCACGGAUAACGUUUUCAGAAGAUUUGUUUGGAUUGCUGCAGUUAGUGGAUGUGCGUUUUUCUGCAUUUAUCAAGUUUACAGUUUCCUCGGACACUAUUAUGAACGUCCAUUUGGUACAACAAUAACAGUUGACAUUCGUGAUGAUAAUACAGACCUUCCCUUCCCUGCUGUAACUCUGUGCAAUUUCAAUGCCCUCGACAAACGGCGUUACAUAAACUAUUACUUAACUCAUAACUACAGCAAAGAGAUACUAGACAAAAAACUUCAGGAUUUGGUUCUUAUGAUAAGAAGAUCGAAAGCGGUUUCUACAGAAGAGGUCCGGAACCGCACUCCAGAACUUUUUUAUCGGCCAGAAGUUGGCGACGAAACAGAAAUGUCGCAAUGGAUGUUUGGUCAUCAAAUAGAAAGAAUGCUUUUACCAAACAGCCCACGCUUCAGUUCCUGUUCCAUUAAUGGCUUGCAGUGUAACGAAGAUAACUUUACCAGCUCCCUGAGUGCAGUGGGAUUCAAGUGUUAUACAUUCAAUUCUGCAGAAGAAGGCGGGCUAUUAUUAAAAGCUUCAUUAGCUGGCCGACUGAGUGGCUUGAGUCUUCGUCUUAACAUCGAGCGAGACAGCUAUAUUACAAAUUUACUUUCGCCUGCUGUUGGAAUUGUUAUCCUGAUACACGACCAGAAGAUUUAUCCGCCCGUGGAAGAGUUUGGUAUCGCAAUUCAGCCCGGAAUGUCUACAUUUUGCGCCAUAAAAAGAAGAAAGAUAAUUAACUUGAAGAAGCCGUAUGCAACCAACUGCCGGAGUGGAUCUCUUAUGUUCGACAGCAACUUGACAUACACGAAACAGGCCUGUAUGAUAAAUUGUCGAAACGAUUACAUGAUUAAAGAGUGUGGCUGCACUGCAUCAAAAUUCCAAGCCAAUCGACCGAUUCCAGUAUGUUCAGUGAAUGACUCGAUUCUGUGCGCUUUUCCAUCGUACGUAAAGUUUGGCACUUCGCAAGAGAGAACAGAAUGUGAAAAGGAGUGUCGCGAGCCAUGUGAACAUGUGGAGUACAGGACAUCCUUUUCCUAUAGCGGACUUCAGAAAGACGCUUACAUUGAACACUUCAUGUCCAUUCUUAACGACAAUGCGACAUCAGCCAUGGAACUGGAGAUGUACAGGCCUUUAUUGAACAUGACGGAAGAGGAAAAGGAGAAAUUUAUUGACAAAAACAUUAUCUCUCUGGACAUCUUUUUUGAAGAUUUGAGUGUUGAGAUAAUUGAGCAAAAACCUGUUUUUGAAAUCUGGGCGUUGACUGGGAACUUAGGCGGUACCUUUGGCCUCUUCCUCGGAAUGAGUGUCCUCACUUUCCUGGAAUUCUUCGAUUUUAUUUUCAGGAGAAUCUUACACUUGUUCAAAGCAAGAGAAAAAAACCGACAUUUUACGUGAAGCAUUACAUAAGUCAUAAAUAAUGCUUUUUACUGAGACCUUUGUUUGUAUGUGUGGAGUGACUCGCCCUUCAUGUUUCCUUUUGGCCACAGUUUUCUAUCCGUAAAUUACGUCGACGCUUCCAAUCUAACGAUAUUCUUAUUUCCAUAUUCAAAAGCAUAAGAACACAAUGUUUACUAGUUACAAGGAUCUAUGACGGAUGACUGUUGUUUUUUUCUUCUUCCCUUGCAACGAAGAAAGCGAAAGCGACUACAAAAAAAGGGAGAAAACGAAACGUUUUUGGGCACGGGAAAUUUUGAAAGAAAGAAGAAGCCAAAGUAAUCUUCACAACCUGGAGGAGCUACAACUUGGAGAUCAUGAAUUUUACUUGAGGCGUAUGCAUGAAGGCCACUGAGCUACAAAAUUAAACGUUGAAUAUAGAUAAGUAAACUUCUCUCUGUCAAAUUUACACUCUAUUUAAUUCAGAAAGAAAAAGUAGCUUUCUGUUUCUCUUUACUUAUUGAAAAAAUUCAUCACGCAUUAGUGUGGACGGGGCCUGAAUUACAGACUGCGUAAUUAAAAGUGACUUACGUUAGCGCAGCAGAGAAUGCUUUUCUUAAAAGACAAAAUUGGCGUCUAGCAAGAAUUUUCCUUAUAUGAGUUAUUAAACUUAUUGAAGUGUCGGAAAUGGAUGAAAAUAAUAUAUUACCAUAAGCCAUUAAGUAAAAAGUUGUGAUAAACAGGUUGAUCAUUUCCUAUUCGUUUAGGCGGUCCUCCUUUACAGGUGGAAUUUCUGUCACCUUUUCUUGUCGUGACCGUGAGUUUGACAUGGAAACAAAUAUUGCAACGUAAAUUGCGAUUUGUGGUUGAAUAUUGGAGUGUUUCCGUCAUGUUGGGAUAAAACUGCUUCAAUAACGAAGAAAAUUACCUUACGCUAUAAAACCGAUCCCGUACAGGAAUUUCCCAGAAAUGACCCUUUUUUACAUUUGUAACCCUUUGACAUUCUCGUUUUUAGACUAACUCCAUGUUGAACUCUCGCUCAAGGAAAUAUUUCCUAAAUUUCAAUUUAGGGCGAUCAACUCCUCUUUCUUUAAUGGCGACUGAAUGUGUAAACAACUUGUACUGCGCAUCCUCCGCACUGAAUCUAUAAUUAGCUAACUUAUAAGAACAGCACUUAGUUCUGUUAGAGUUCUGUUUAUUCUGUUGUUAUCUAACAAUGUUCGAAGACUAUUUCCUCUAAAGAUAUCUUUUUAAGUAUGAUUCCAAUUCUGUCAAUAAGUUAUGUCGGCAAUCUUGUUUUUGUUUUGCCGUAAGAGUAAGACCGUGACCGUAAGAGUAAGAUACUUAAGCCUCGAAAGCUAGUUCAGGAUCCAGGUUUUC